AAACUGCGAGAGGUGUUGGACGGGAACGCCAAUCAGGUUGGUAUAAAUGGGCCGUCUCGGUUUGAUUAAGGCACAGUUCAAUCGAUUGGUUAGUGCUGUGAACAACACCUAAUUUCCCAGAUCAACAAACAAUGGCUUUCAAGUUCCUGACCUUCUGUGCCCUGGUGGCAGUUGCACGUGCCGGAGUUAUCAAUGCUCCUUUGACCUACGCUGCUCCCGCUCCCAUUGCUUAUGCUGCUCAUGCUCCAGUGGCUUAUGCUGCCCCAGUUACCAAAACCCUGAUCUCCGCUCCAGUCACCAAGACCCUCGUAGCUGCUCCGAUCGCCAAGACCGUUGUGGCCGAUGAGUACGACCCGAACCCACAGUACUCUUUCUCAUACGGAAUCUCCGAUGCUCUGACUGGCGACUCAAAGUCCCAGCAGGAAUCUCGCAACGGUGAUGUCGUCCAGGGAUCGUACUCCGUCGUCGAUCCAGAUGGCACCAAGCGAACAGUCGAAUACACCGCCGACCCACACAACGGAUUCAACGCCGUCGUUCACCGUGAACCGUUGGCCGUGAAAGCUAUCGCUGCCCCAGUUGCCAAGGUCGUUGCCGCCGCCCCCGUCGCCUAUGCCGCUCCAGUGGCGAAAACCAUCUCCUAUGCUGCCCCGGUAGCUAAACUGGCCCACGCUCCGGUUGCCUAUGCUGCCCCAGCUUAUGCCGCUCCAGCUUAUGCUGCCCCAGCUUAUGCCGCCCCGGCCUAUGCCUACCACCACUAAAACCAAGCACCACGCAACCAAUCAAGACUGUCAGUGUAUGGACCCAACGAAGAUAAGCAUGAAACCCAUACGGAACGUAUCAUUUUACCUUUAUUUUUUGUUUUCCUUUUGAACCCAGGCGAGUUCAGCCCCGUUCUCGCCGAACUGUAAAAAUGCUUGAAUACCGAGAAACUAUUAUUUAUUAACUUUUUUGUUCAAAAUACACGAGAACUACAUGAAACGAAA